AUGGCGGAUUCUUGCCCAGCGCGGCAUGAACCAACGCUCUCAUUCACCCAAGGGCUCAUAGUAGGCCAGCUCUCCGUUGUCCUCAUCCUAGCCGCCUUUAUCAAAUUCUUCAUCUUCGGCGAGGCCCCGUCGCCCGACGUCGCCGCCUCCCUCCGGGCCACGGAGCGAAGAUCACGCACCCUCGCCCACAAGCAGUCGCUGCUGCGCCUCCGCUCCCCCAGCCAGCGCGUCGGCGGCGGCGGCGGCGGCGGCGGCAGCCAUCAGCCGCUCAACCGCAAAAAGUCCACCGUCCUGCGCAGCCCGCCGACGCUCACCAUCGGCUCCAUCCUCAGCAAGACGUACUACAACGUCGACAGCCACCAGCCCGAGAGCCUCGACUGGUUCAACGUGCUCAUCGCGCAGACCAUUGCCCAGUUCCGCAGCGACGCCCAGCACGACGACGCCAUCCUCAACUCCCUCACCAAGACGCUCAACGGCUCCUCGCGGCCCGACUUUGUCGACGAGAUCCGCGUCACCGAGCUCAGCCUCGGCGAGGAGUUCCCCAUCCUCAGCAACUGCCGCAUCAUCCCCGUCGACGAGGACGGCAUCAGCCUGGGCAGCCAUGUCAAGUUUGAUCCCGCCACGGCCGCCCGCGACGGCACUCGCCUCCAGGCACGCAUGGACGUCGACCUCAGCGACAUGCUCACCCUGGCAGUGGAGACGAAGCUCCUCCUCAACUAUCCCAAGAAGCUGUCCGCGGUCCUCCCGGUGGCAUUGUCCGUCUCGGUGGUGAGGUUCAGCGGCACGCUGUCCAUCUCCUUCAUCCCGAGCAAUCCUUCUCAGUCCACCCCGACCAUGAUGGCGUUCAACUUCCUCGACGACUAUCGGCUGGACUUUUCUAUCAGGAGCUUGCUCGGCAGCCGCUCACGCUUACAAGACGUGCCCAAGAUCGCACAGCUGAUUGAGUCGCGGCUGCACAGAUGGUUUGACGAGCGGGCGGUGGAGCCACGAUUCCAGCAGAUUGCGCUGCCAAGCCUGUGGCCCAGGAAAAAGAACACUAGAGGCCCAGACGAUGCCAUGGCAGACGGUGGUACAAAUUCUUCUGGCCUUUCAAAGGGCAAGGAGAGAGAUCCUUCAGUUGGGGCCGAUAGCCGGGAACAGGCUACUCUACGGCACCGUCGACCAUUGGGCGACGACGAGUACACCAAAGAAGGGACUCUCCGCAGCCUUAGCAGGGAUACGAGGAUCUAG